AAUAUAUACCCGGAUAUCAUGGUAGUAUAAUAACAACCGCAGGCAGGCAUCACCUUAAAACCAAAACAUAUCGUAUAUCUACCGCAGUAGUUUCCGUGGAGCUCCUAACAUGAGAUGAUCACCAGGAUUGCAUGAUAAACAGCGGAUAAAUAACAUUUGAGUUAAAUUCAAGGCAUCCUGAAAAAUACCUUAUUUCUGUAUUCUACCGUCUACAAUGAUUCUAGGCUCUGUAUCCAGCAAAUUUUCGGCCCAGAUUUUGCCGCGGACUGUGACUUCGGUCUGCGGUCCACACUGGUGGAGUGGCGGAGGAGGACUGGCGACCGCUCAGGUCACAAACACCGGUGAACGGAAAGCCGGACAUCGCCUGCUGUCCAAUGUGUCAGAGAAUAGGCCAGCAAGAUUUUCGAUAUUUAGUCGUAAUAUCUCGUCAUUUGAUCAUGCUGAGUCAAAUUCAGUAGUAAAUGCCUGCCAGCAAUCAUGUCACAGCAUAUCACUUAUCCAGGCGAAUCGCUACACUACACAAUCACCAGGAGCUGAUGGUGAAGUGAAGUCUAAUCCUUCUCCACAUUUCAAGACCCGCAAGAAUCUUGCAGAAAAAAGUGGCAAAGCAUCAAUCGAAGAUAUCCAAACUAAAGAUGUUAGACCUGGCAGCCAUGAUUAUUUAAUGCCCCACCCUAUCUGGUCUGAGGAGGAACUUGAUGCUGUACAGAUCACACAUAAUCCACCCAAAGAAAAAGUUGACAAGGCAGCCUACUGGGCAUGCAAAGCGCUCCGUACAAAUUUUGACCUCUUUUCUGGGUUCACCUGGGGCAAGCGAACAGAAAGGAAAUGGAUCUAUCGUAUCAUAUUCCUGGAAACGGUAGCAGGAGUUCCUGGCAUGGUGGCAGCUAUGUCAAGACAUCUUCGCUCCUUAAGAAGGAUGCAGAGAGACCAUGGCUGGAUUCAUACUCUAUUAGAGGAAGCUGAAAAUGAAAGAAUGCAUCUGAUGACAGCUCUUGAGAUCAAGCAACCAUCAAUGUUCUUUCGUUUGAUGGUGUUAGGUGCACAAGGUAUAUUUGUGAACAUAUUCUUCAUCUCCUACUUGAUAAGUCCAAAGUUCUGCCAUCGAUUUGUAGGUUAUCUUGAGGAAGAAGCAGUCAUUACGUACACUAAGCUUCUCAAGGAUUUGAGAGAAGAUGCUUUGCCAAAGUGGAAAGAUAAGAUAGCACCAGAGAUCUCCAUUAAUUAUUGGAAGUUACAACCUGAUGCAGAUUAUAUCGAUCUGUUCCGAGCCAUCCGUGCUGAUGAAGCCCACCAUCGUGAGGUCAACCACACCUUGAGUGAUAUCAAACCCGAUGAACCAAAUCCAUUUGGACCAGGAAAGUAACGUGAAGAUGACUAGAUAUUCUAAAGAUACCUGGGCUAUUUCAUAUAACUUGUUAUGAAAAGUUUGCAAUUACUGUAAUAUAAGCUACUGAAAUAAUAAUAUAGCUGAUAGUUAACUUUUUAGAAAUUGUCAUUUGUUAUUAUAACAAGUCUUGAACAGGACCCAAGAUGGUGCUUAGGAUAUUUAACGACAUAAAGAAUGAAAGAAACUACUUGGUCAGUUCUUGAUUUCUAGUAUUGUUGUUUUUUGACAAUUCUGAAAAUGAUUAAAAUUAAUUUUCAAAAAGUUAGUAGUUGUGUUACGAAUGUGUCUUUGAAAUAUUCACUCACAUAUAGAAUUAAUGAGAUUUCUAACAAUAUGGCAUGCUUAAUAGUGCUGUGUGAUACUAAAUGCAGAGUACUUAUUAACAAUUGCUAUGGGAUCGUUUGAAUGAGUUAAAUGGAAAGAAAUCAUGAAAAAAAUGAGUUGUAAGCCAGAUGGUCUCUCUCUCAGUGGUACUUUAUAUAAAUGUUUGGCAAUCAUGGUAUAUAAUUUGUCAUCUAUUUCAUGCCAAUAUUCCUUUUGUUCAUUUGCAUGAGAAUGAUAUGUUUUGGGUAAUUUCAUAAAGUUUGUCCAACCUUUAUCCUAAAAAGAUCUCUCUCUGUUCUCUAAUUCAUAUGAAAAGUUGCAAUGAUUUCAAAUUAUCAUGGCUCCAGCAGUUUAUGAAGUAAAGAAAGAAUGGGGGUGGGGCAUACAUGUACAAAAACGUUGAUUAAUAUUUGGAAUUCCCUUCCAUGUCUCAGAGUUAUGCAGUGCGUAUCAUAAAAAAGUUUACCCUUUGAAAUAAUCCUGUACAAUUAUAUUUUUGUAAUAUCCUGAAGCUUUUUCCACAUUUAAACAUUGGUGCAGAUCUCAUUAAGCAAAUGACGAUAUAACAGUAAAAUAUUUUUUCCGCUUGAUUGAGCACCACUUUUGAAAAGUUCAUGAAAAAUGAUUUGCGCAGAACUUGGAAAUAGUUUAUAUGAAUAAAUGUAGACAUUUAUCAUGAACACAUGAACUUUAGCUAUUAAGAUUGAUUUUAAGUUAUCUUUUUACCUUUUUAACUUCAUAGAGCGACAAUGCACCCCCCUGCCCAUACACUUAGGCCAUUGUGAUGAUAUCUGCUUUACACAGAGCUCUGAUUCACAUGAAAUGGCUUGGGCUUGAUUUCCCUUCUGUUAAUCAUUGUCAAGCUUGGGAAAAGUGUGGAGAAACAAGUAGUAAAUGAAAUAUGAACCCACUUCAAAUUAUAAAAACCGAGUGAAAUAAUGUUGGAGAUGUCUGAAGUAAACAUUUGUUUACAUUCAGUUAUGUCUACUGAUCCAGCUGGCACAAAAAAGGAUAAAGAUUGUGCUUACCUAGGGUUAAAAUGUUAAUUUGGGUGGUAAUGUCGUUAGAAAAUGUUUAAAUGUAUCUGUUUUAUAUCAAUUGGCUAUAAAUGCAAAAGAAAUGUGUGGGAAGUGUACCACACGGUCAGUUUGAUUUCACCUUUUUACCUUGACACAGCGUGAAAAUGAGCAUUUCUGUGCAAACAGAUUUCUGCAAGCUUUACAAAAAUGGACAGUGCUCACUCAAGUGUAACAUUCUGUCAAAAUUUUUUACUUUCAUUUGAUAGAUGAGACCCAAACCCAAGAAUAUUUGUGAAAAAUUGUCCCCAUGUUGUAUAUUUUUCAAUUCCCAGAACUUUUCCAAAGUGUAAACUUUUUAUUGAUAUGCACUGUAUAAGUUUUUAAACUUAUUUAUUUCAUAUCAUUUUACAUGUAUCUUGUACUUCAUGCAUCCAAAAUGGUAAUGAAAAUAUUCCAGGGAUUCCUUGAAUGCAAUAAAAGGUGCUACAUAUCUUGAACAUCCUAAACUUUACAUAGCCAUUCACCUAAUAGCCUUUUCUGUCAAAUCCAUAUGAAAAUUCCCUAACAUUUUUCAUAUUUGGGGAUUUGUAGAUUAACAUUUAUUAUCUUCCUCUUCCUUGGUUGCCUGUAUUUUUCUUUGAGCACAUAUCACAAUACAAGCCAACAUCUCUAUGCCUUUUCAUUAUUUAUAGCACUUUGGAUAUGUGUUGCAUCAUGCUAUUUUAUACUGUAUCACAUAAAUCUUUGUUUUAAGACAGAAAAGUAAUGAUUUUUUUUAUAUUGAGGAACAUUUUUUAAUGUGUUUACAAAUCUCUCCAUGUAAAUGUAAGUAAUUUUUGCUUUAAGCAUUGAAUAUAUUUUUCUACAACAUGCUUUGAAAUAUUAUUCCUAUCUGAAAUUUAUAUCCUUGUAAUAUUACAGGUAUACAUUGGCGGAAGUUGAUGUCUUUGAUUUAAUGAUCAUUUAUUUCCAAUAAUUUCAUCAGGCAUUACAAGUGCAUUUAGCCCUGCUCUGCUAAUACUCUUCAGCAGAAGUAUAUUGUCUAAUAUACCCCCAAUACUAUAGUUAUUGUUGUUGUCUCGCCUGCAUAGCAGACCAAGACUACAUGUCUGUGCCAAUUUCAGGCGUUAUCGGCAGGGUCAACAUUGAAUUCUUAACCAAGGUUAAGUAUUUGAAAUCCACUUUAAAGAUAUAUGGACCUAUUUAUGAAACUUGGACAUAGGGUAUUCAAGUAUCACUGAUCAUCCAUCCCCCCAAGUUUUAGGUCACUUGAUUGAGGUCAUAGGUGGGGGGUGUUGUUUUUAAAUGUCAUAACUUUCAAAGUUUAUCGAUCAAGUUCAUGAAACUUGGACGUAAAGGGUAAUCAGGUCACAUAAUCUAGACCAAAGGUCAUUUAGGGUCAAUGAACAUGGCAUUUUAUUAUCAUUUGAAUGGUACUGUUUAUGAAUCAUAUUCAUCGUUGUUUCAAAGUCGGCAUUAUAUAUCUACAUCUGUAUUAUACCUAUUAUUAUUUUUAAUCAAAUAUGAACUGUUUUUAUUAUAUGGGGGGGGAUUGCAGAUAAAACCAAUCCACUGAGAAUUUCCACAUAAUUUUUUUUAUUGAUGACCAUUCAAACAGCAACUAUCAUUCUCUUUGUAACAUAUGUUUGUAUGCAUUGACAGGGGCUGAUCCAGAAUUGUAUCAAAGAUGGGGCACAUAAUGUAUUCUGAUUUCUUUCAAAUUUUCUGAGAAACUAAAACAAAAAUGAAAAUGUUUCUCAUUCCCCAAAUCAGCUGCCUAACAACAAUUUACAAGCAAAUAAAAAAUGCAGGGUUUCACUCCAAAGUAGGAAGUAAUUUCCUUACAAAAAUUUAAGGCACAACACACAAUUUUUAGCAAAAAUAGGUGCCCCCCCCCCUUGUGCUCAUGCCUCUCAGGCCUUUUAUAUUUGCAACAGUUUGGUGCAUACACAGGAACUGUACAAUAUUUAUUUUUUCAAUGUCUGUUCUUAUUCCUACAUAAAUUGAAUAAAGACUACUAAUAUUCUACCGUGUAUAUACAUGUAUGUAUUACUGGUUUGUUUUUACAGGUAACUACAAGGCCAUUUGACCAAUCUUUCCCCUAUUAAUAUAAUUCCAAUGUAGUAUGUGUAGAGUGACCAACUAUUUUGGAUAUGUUUAUAUUUUUAGACAGUGCAGUACUAGUGACCAAUUUGAAACCAUGAAAUGUGUUUGUGUGCUCAAAGCCUCAAUGUUGAGUUAUUUCUGUAUAGUAGUUAUGUGAAUAUAAUGCAUGCAGAAUAAAAUAUAUGUGAUUUUGAAUUGUGAUUGAUGAUCUGUUGUCUGCAACAAAUUACAUUUUAAUUAAAUAAUAAGAUAUUUCACAUUUCUAGUGAUUAAGUGAAAAUAUAUUUUUUAUGUAAAUACCUUG